AUGACUGGUAAUGGUACUUUUGGUACUUGUUCAUACGGUGGUGGUGCAAAAAUUCCAGAAUUUGUUUAUCCACCUAUUCCAGGAGAAACUCAUAAAUACUAUGGAAACAUACAUUCCAAACAAAUAAAACUUCCUCCAAACUCCAUAAACAAUGCCUAUCGCUACCUCAGGGAUUCGGAGGAUAUGAAUAUUUAUGAGGCAACUUCUCUGGGUUAUUUAGCAAAAGUUAAAGAGAUUUUAGCACCAAAAGGAUCUGGUGGAAAGGUGACAGAUUUCACACGCGCCAACGUUGCAAAUCUUUCUUCAGGUUUAACACCGCUUCAUUAUGCAGCUUCACGUGGUCAUUUGGAUGUUGUUAGGUGGUUGGUAGAAAGUGCAGGUGCAAUUGUUGAUUUAGAAGAUCAAACUGCAUCAUAUAAUGGACAUAUACCAGUUGUCAAUUAUCUCUUGCAAAAAGAUGCAUCUGUAUCACAAAAAGACAAUGAUGGAUGGACGUCAUUACAUAAUGCAUCUGCACGGGGACAUUUGCAUAUAGUGAAAUAUUUGGUAGAAUCUGCCGAUGGCGUGGAUGUAGAUGUUGGAAAUAAUAGAAAUAUUACGCCUUUAAUGAAUGCUGCAUCAAAAGGACAUCUUGACAUCGUUGAAUAUCUUUUAAAUUAUGCUAAAUCCAAUCCUCUUAUUAAAAAUAAUUUUGGCGAGACUGCUUAUGAUGCAGCAGCAACGAGUAAUGAGGCUUAUAUUUGUGAAGUGUUGGAAAGAGCUGAACGUGACUGGUGGAAAGGGAAAGGACAAAUACCUGGACCAACGUCAUUUAGUCAUCUUGAAACAUCUUUGCCACCAAUCAAUCAACCAUAUGAUGUUUUUACUUUCCACAUAUCAGUACCAAUUAUUCUUCAUGAAAAUCAAAGGGCUUCAAAUGUUUUCUCAAUGGCACUUCGUAGUUCACCAAAAUAUUCAGCAGCAAAUCUUUUGAAGACAGAUUUGCGUGGAGCCUGGUCACUCCAUCCUAGUGGAGAAACUUCAUCUAAAGAAGAUAUAAAAUUACCAGUUGGGCCCAAUUCUUCAUCGAUAACAAUUAUUUCUAAUGCAACCACCACAAAAUCACAUAAUAAACAAUGGUUUUGGGUAGAUGAAUGGCAAAUAGAUAUGUCACAUCCUUACGUGGAUUCAGAAGGAUGGCAAUAUGCUAGGAAUUUUACCGAACUAGAUGAAAAUUGGAGCGCACAUCCGCCUCAAAAUGCCAAUAGUUCGGUAAGAAGAAGAAGAUGGGUUCGUGUGAUGAAACGUCGUUUAAGUCUUGGUGAUAUGGAACCAAUUGAAUCUCUACAUUUAAUCAAAGAAUCAGAAUUGAGUGGUUUGGAUUAUAUUCAAAAGGCCGAAUCCAUUAUUAAAAAUCAUCAAAAUAGUGGAGAAGGAAAAAAAGACGAUUUAAAUAAACAAUUAGCAGUAUAUAAAGAGGCAAUAAAAAUUUUACAAAAUGGAAUUAAUUCUGAGACUAAUGACCAAAAAAGAGAAGAAGCCGACUCACUUAUAAAAUCUUUUUCACAUCAUAGAGAAUAUUUAGAAGCUUUGUUUGGACUAGAAAUGCCUAUUAGAAGAUCUAGUCAUGAUAUUACAAAUAAUGGGAUGGUAACACCUACCAGAGGUUUAAACAUUACAAAUGUACCAGCAAGUAGUACGCUUACUACGCAUCCAAAAUGGGAAAAUGACGAUGAUGUCUAUGAAUGUCGUAAAUGUCAAAAAAAAUUUAAUUUCUGGAUUAGAAAACAUCAUUGCAGACGAUGUGGACAAGUUUUUUGCGAUAAAUGUUCAACUGCACGAGUUACCUUGCCAUCACUUCAAGUAUUAUCUGAUCCAUCUGCACCUAAUAACACAACCAAUACAACUUUGUAUCAUCGUGUUUGUGAUUCGUGUUGUGAGUUAGGUGGAUAUAUUGCACAUCAAAGACCUGUGAGAAAGGAUGUGAAUGUGUAG